AUGAAGUGGCUUUUGAACCUAUUCGCCCUAUUCGCCCUGCUCUCCCUUGUUCUCGCAAGUGACCCGCACGGCAUGAUUCGUCGCCGAGAUCACGUCAAGAGGGACGAUGACAUCUGCUACAAAUGUGUCAAGUCGUACUUUGACUGCUUCCGACUGUUUGGUUUCCAGGGGUGCACUGUGAAAGAUGCCGAGCACUACACCUGGUGUCGCCAGUGCACUGGUGAGGACCCGCCUUGGUAA